AUGUCGCAGGACUUUGAAUCACUACCUCCAGCAUUCUUCUCGAAUGUCGAACGCUUGCGCAUUCGGUUAGAUCAGACUGAUCACGGUUCCCCUACCGCAAUUUAUCAAGAUAAUCGGACCUAUCGAACCCCUCGUACAUUUGAUCAACGUGGUUUACGGAAGCGAGGGCUUAAACGUUCCUCUUCCAAAAAAUUACGCAAAUCCGGCUCUCUUCAAUUGGCCUACCUGGCCGCCCAGGCGGACUCCCAGCGUUUCCAUUCUCUCCCCGCUAAGAUUCAACAAAAGCUAUUCUCCCCUGAAGAACGUCGACGUUUCAGGAACGCUUAUAGACAAAGUCUCAUAUACGACGCUGCCGACGAAGCUUACCGUCGAGAUUCUAACCGACGUACCGGUCAAGAUUCCGAGACCUAUCGACCUUCUAAUAUUCACCCCGAGACAAUCGUGUCUGUUCAGUCAUCCACGGUUUUCUAUUCAGACUCCGAGUCAGACGAAGAAGACCCAAACAUGGAUCGUACAUUCCAUGACAGUUUCCGGUGGCUUGACGACGAUGGGGAUCUUGAUUUAUCUCUUGAUGAAUACCAUGCUCAUGUGGCAGAUGCUGCCACAAGAAAGAGAUCCCGUCCCUCUUUUCGUCGCUCCUUAUCUUUUUCCAACCACCUUCGCAAAACAUUAGAAAUUACACCUAUCUCUUCUCGGGGACUCCCGUCUGUUAGCCGCUCUCAACCAUUAACACCUCUCUCUAACCCAACCCCCGAAUCGCGCCCAUCAUCCCGCCGAUUCCAACAUGCCCCCAAAUCAUCCACUUCGAGCAUCGACCCCUGUGCGCAAUACUACCAAGACCCCGAUGCCCGUUUGAAAUUGCGCGUGUAUCUGGCAUCCCCACAAAAAUUCGACGAAGCCAUUGAAUUCGGAUUUCCCUCGCUAGAUCCAAAUAAGGAGAAUAUCACUCCGGAACCAGUUUCACCAAACCCAACCUCACCCAAAUCAACCUCCUCACCAAGACCAACCUUGGUCAACUCGGACUUUGGCACGUUUUUCGAAGAUGACGAUGGCACCAUGGUGGGGAGUCCAGGGGGUUCGGUGCAAAAUGAACCAAUCCCUUCGCCCGUGCUCGAACAGCGGGACGCGACCCGACCCUCCGUGGAAUCCUCGGCUCUCUUGCAACGACGCCAAUCCUGGCUGCCUGGAACCAAGGGGGUCCCACAACGGCUUCCAGGAAAUCGUGAGAUGACUCUCAAAAUGACUCUCACUCGGCCUGACCUCCGGACCGACUCUCCCACCCCUCCUGCUUCCAAAGAAAAAGAAGAUCCAUUGCGUUUGGCCGCACUUCCCCCCGCUGAUCGCAGUCAGUCGAUCUGGGACUCGGACUUGGACGAGCAAGGUAUGCGAAUUUAUAUCCCCUCUAUCUAUCGAUUGACCAAUUCCCGGUCCGGUCCGCUCAAGCUCCCACAUACCCCAUCAGAUGCCUACGCAUCACCGGUCAUGAUCCCACGGUGGCUGCUGCUCACACUGAGCCUGUUGCUGGUAUGGACUUCGCAGCCAGCAGCGGCAAAAGGAAACGAGCCGAACAUCGUGACCCAUGAACUCAACGCUGCACCUUUAGACCUGUUCUACUUCCGCGGCACAAAUACCAUCCUCUACCGUGACAAGAAUUCCCUCACUGCGCAUGUCUCCUUUGAUGGUGGAGAGAAAUGGGAGAUUAUUAAGGGCAAGGAUGGAACCAUAGAAGGCACUGUCGAGUUGAUCUUGGAACACCCGUUUGAUGCCAACCGCGCGUACAUCCUCGGCGAAAAGGGCAAACACUGGAUAACGACCGACCAGGCCAAGUCAUGGAAGCCCUUCCAGGUGGACUCCAUGCCGUUUGGGUCGAUGCGCGCGGCUCCGUUGGAGUUCAAUGGCUGGGAUCCGAAGAAGGUUAUCUUCAUGGGUCUUGAGUGCACCAUCCUUGGGUGCAUGCCACAAGCGUAUUAUACCAUCGACGACUUCGAUAAUAUCCACCCAUUGCGCCAGAUGACGCUUCAAUGUAUAUGGGCCGCAAGCCGCCCGCAAUUUGGGUUGGACAUAGAUGUGCCGAAGUCGAUAGGAGAUCGGAUCCUUUGUGUGGUUCCUGGGUUGAAGGGACCAUUUGAGCAUACCCGUACAGAACGGUUGAUAUAUUCCGAUACCUUUUUCAAAGAUGAUGCGGAGGGCACCGAGUCGAAAUUGGACCAUGGAAAACCACUGAGUGGUAUCAGUCUUCAGGUCCGCUCUGUGUCCAAGUACAUCGUGGCGCGUCUUCAAUCGCGCGGUACUCAGGAGCAGGCGUUGUACGUUAGUGACGACUCGAAUGUGUGGCACCGCGCGGAAUUUGGCAAGCACCGCAUUGAAGAGGAUGCCUAUACUAUCUUAGAAAGCACCAACUACAGCAUCCAGAUCGACGUGCAAACUACCUGGCGGGAUAAUCGGAUGGGUCGCCUUUUCUCAUCCAACUCCAAUGGCACUUACUUCACACAAAAUAUCGAACACACGAACGAAGACCUCAGUGGCGUGGUCGAUUUUGAGAAAGUCACAGGUAUCCAAGGUAUCACGAUUGUCAACACGGUGAAGAACUGGGAGGAAGCUGGGAAGUCUGACUCGGUUCAAAAGAAGCUUAUCAGCAGUAUCAGUUUUGACGACGGGAGAACCUUCCAGCCUCUCAAGGCUGAUAAAGACGAGCUACACAUCCAUUCGAUGACCACCUACGCCGCGCUGCGCGAGAUGCCCAUGCCAGAUCACCGGAUGUUCUCAAGUCCAGCACCAGGCUUGGUCAUGGGCGUUGGUAACACUGGCGGUCACCUCGAGGACUACUCCAAGGGUGAUCUCUAUGUUUCAGACAACGCGGGUCUUACCUGGCGGCGCGCGCUCAAAGGCCCGCACCGGUACGAAUUUGGCGACCAGGGAGGUGUGAUCAUGGCUGUCGUGGAUGGCAGCCAGACGGAAAAUGUCCAAUAUUCUAUUGACCACGGGAAAGAGUGGGAGUCCAUCAAGCUGAAGCAGAAGAUCAAGCCGCUGUACCUGAUCUCGACUCCAGAUUCGAGCAGCCUCAAAUUCCUGCUCGUUGGUAUUUCCAGCGAUGACACCAAAAUCCUCAUGUAUUUCAUUGACUUUGAUGACCUCCACGAGCGCCAGUGUGGCCCUGAAGACCUUGAAGAGUGGACUGCCCGAUUAAAUGAAAAGGGCGAGCCGGAUUGUUUGAUGGGUCAUAAACAGUUCUUCCAACGCCGCAAGGCAAACGCGGAUUGCUUUAUAAAGAAAGAAUUCGCCAUCAGCGGCCCUGAAUUCAAACCCUGCAAGUGUUCCGCUGAAGACUUUGAAUGCGACUACAACUUUGUUCGUAGCGAGGACCGCAAGGAGUGUCUACCAGCUAUCCCGCUAACACCGCCGCCGGGCAAGUGUAAUGAGCCAAGCGACAAGUACAUGGGCCCCUCGGGAUGGCGCCUCAUCCCCGGCAACUCAUGCAUCCGCGAAGGUGGCGAGAAUCUCGACCAUCAGAUUGAACGCUCCUGCUCGAAUGUCACCGGGCCUCCUCCUAUCACCGAUGGCAAACCUCGUGCAGAAAAGCCACAGACCAUCUCUGCCAAGGAGAUAAGCUACUUCUAUCUUGAACGACAGGCCAGUAACAAUGGUGUUGAUGAGACGAUCAUGAUGCUCACAGACAAAUACGAGCUACAUGUCUCACGCGACCAUGGCCGGAGCUGGAAACAAAUCCACGCGGAUGAGAAGUUUACAGGAAUGGUCCAGCAUCCUUACUUCAGUGAUGCGGCUUUCUUCCUCACAGAUAGCAAGAAGGUAUACUACACUAUCAAUCAUGGUGAUUCUUUCCACUUCUUUGAGGCUCCCAGUUUGCCGAACAGGGAGGGCAUCCGCCCGCUGGCUUUCCACGAAAAAUUCCAGGAUUCCCUUAUCUGGAUUGGUCAUAAGGACUGUGAUGGUGGUGGGAAGACCUGUCGCUCGCAGGCGUACGUCACCGAUAAGCGAGGCGCCAGUUGGGACCCGAUGCUUAUUGGAGUCGAUGGUUGUUACUUCGGAUAUCACGAGGGCCGCAACAGCAGCGAAAAGCUGGUGGUUUGCGAGCAGUAUAAAGAUGAGGAAAAGAACAAUAACCGGCAGCUGGUCGUCAGUGAUGAUUAUUUCUCUACCAUGGACGUUAAGUUUGAGAACAUUGCCCGUUCCGCUACUAGGAAUGAUUUCAUCGUUGUCGCCUGGUACGAAGGAGAUCAGAAGGAAUACCUGAAUGCCAGCGUUAGCGUCGACGGCCGCACUUACGCUGAUGCACACUUCCCUUUCAACAUUAAGGUCCCUCAGUAUACCGUCCUCCCUAGCUCCCCGCACGCGUUGUUCCUUCUUGUGAAGGUGGGCGGGGGGAAUGAAAACAGCUUUGGCUCUCUAGUCAAGAGUAAUAGCAACGGUACUUACUUUGUCCAGAGUCUCGAGGGACUCAAUGUCAACGACCGCGGCUACACGGACUACGAUGAGUUGCACGGCCUCGAAGGCGUGGCCAUUGCCAAUGUGGUUUCGAACCGGGAAGAAGUGCAGAAGAAUGGCGCGGCCAAAAAGCUACGCACUAUGAUCACCCACAACGACGGUGGUCAGUGGAUGCUUUUAGCCCCUCCAACUCAUGAUGCCGAUGGCAAGAGCUUCGACUGCUCCGUUACGGAGAGCAAGGGUACCGAGAAAUGUGCUCUCCAUUUCCACGGCUACACCGAACGCCGCGAUCCCCGUGACACUCUUUACUCUGGCUCCGCUAUCGGCCUGAUGCUCGCGCUCGGCAACGUUGGUGAGCAUCUCACUAGCCCAGCCGAAGCCGACACAUACCUCACCAGGGACGGCGGCAUCUCCUGGACGCAAGUCAAAAAAGGACAGUAUAUGUGGGAAUUCGGCGCAGCAGGCUCAGUAAUCGUGCUCGUCAGUGACCGGAAGGCAACCAAGGUUGUACACUACACACUUGACGAAGGUAUGACCUGGCACGAGUUCCAGUUCGCCGAAAAGGAAUUGGUCAUCGAUGAUAUCUCGACCGUGCCAUCAGACACAUCGAAGAACUUCCUACUCUGGGGCAUAGAUGAUAGCAAGCGUGUCACCAUCACGCUUGACUUCAGCGGUAUCUGGAGCCGCGACUGUAAUGACGAUGAAAGCGAUUACUAUGACUGGGCCCCCACUCAUCCCUUCCAGGAAGAGAACUGUCUCUUCGGCCAUGUGGAGGAGUACCAUCGCAAGCGACCUGCCGCUCAGUGUUGGAAUGCCUGGCGCGAGCCACACAUCCACAGCAUCGGCCGGAACUGUACUUGCACCCGUGCUGAUUUCGAAUGUGACUAUAACUAUGAAAUCCAAAAUGACGGCAGUUGCGGCCUCGUUCCGGGCCUCCAACCUCAAGACCACAUCGCACAAUGCGCCGAAGACCCCGACAGAGUCGAAUACUGGGAACCAACCGGCUACCGCCGAAUCCCUCAAACAACUUGCGUAGGCGGCCUCCUCCUAGACCAAGACGUAUCCAGGCCAUGCCCGAAUAAAGAGGAAGAAUACCAAAAGAAACACGGCAUCAGCGGAAUCGGUUUAUUCUUCGCGAUCGUGAUACCUAUCGCUGUUGCUGUCGCUGUUGGCUGGUACGCAUACACGCACUGGGAUGGUAAAUUCGGACAGAUCCGGCUAGGCGAGACCGGGGCUGCUUCAUCGCAGAGCUGGUUAUCCAGGGACUCGAUGCUGAUCGCAGUACCCGUAGCAAUUAUUGCGGGUAUUGUUGCGGUUGCGCAGUCUCUGCCGUUACUUGUUAAGAGCCUAGCGCGAAGCUCGUCUGGGUUGUUUGGAGGGCGGGGAGGUCAAAGACCUUAUUCUACUCGUGGCUCAUUUGCGGCGAGGAGAGGGGAUUAUUCUUCUGUUGUUGAUGAUGAGGAUGAGUUACUUGGAGCUGAUGAUUUUGAUGACGAGGAAGAGCAAGCUUAG